UUGGACUCUGCACCCGCGGGUGUGUGCGUCCUGCUUCCUGGCGGGCUGUUUAGUCCGCCUCUGCCGGUUCAUGGAGGGGGCCAGUCCCCCAUCUCCAGGAGAUGAGCUGGAGCUCUCGGUGAUCCAAGGGCAGCCAGACGAGCAGACGCCUCUCAACGGAGCCGUCCAGGGCAUCCUUUCUUUAGCCGAGGAGCCCUGCCCAGUCCAGGCUGACAAGGAAAGCCCUUGGAGCUCCUGUAAUAAGAAGUUGAUUGGAAAGUGCAAACUCUGGAUGGUCCUCGCCUCUAUUUUCCUGAGUUUCAUUAUAGUCAUCAUCAUAAGCUUAUGUCUAACUGGAGUAACUUAUAUUGAUGAAGAUGAAAAUGAAAUACUUGAAUUGUCAUCAAAUGAAACAUUCUCGGUCAUGCUAAAGAUUCCAGAGGAGUGUGUUUCUGAAGAGGAAUUACCUGACAUGCUCCAGAAGCGGGUGACACACGUGUACAGUGAUUCACCAGCUCUGAACCGCUAUUUCACUUCGGUUGAAGUCAUGGACUUCAGUGGUGAAAAUGCCACAAUAAUCUUCCACCUGCACUUCAGGAUUCCUCCUGAAGAUGGCAGUUUUAUGAAGUAUGUGAUGAGUGAGGAGUUCGUGCUGGGCGUUUUGCAGCAGGAUUUCCAUGAUCAGAACGUGGCUGGUUGUGAGACUCUGGGGCUUGAUCCAGGAUCCCUCUGCUCCUACAAUAAGUUGAGCACGUCCGGAAGGCAGAGCUGUGACGGUAAACGGGGGAACCAGAAUUAUGAAGGUUGAUCUAUGUCUGACAGCAGCACUCUGCUGAACUCUGGGAUGCCGAGAGUUCAUUCCACUUUACAGAAGAGACCCUGAGAAUUAACAAAGAAGGACUCAGUGACUGGAGGCGUGGAGGCGGUCCUUUCUCUCCAGCUUCUGCAGUCACAGAGUCUGGUUCGGUGUCUAACUAAGCAGUACUCCAGCGGUGCCCCAGCUGGGUCUAGAGAUGGUGGGGUGAUGGGGCGGCUGGCAGAUCUGCAGGGGCAGUUCCCUCCACCCACAAUGGACACUUUCUUUUUAGGGCAAGGGGUUCUUUCAGGCAGGAUCCCACCAACCUGGGCUAGAGGAGAGACAACAGGGAGAAGCCAAGCGAGGGGGAGUUCAGCCAGUCGCUCUCCUCCCUCCCAAACCUACGUUUGAUCUACCUCCAGACAAGGCUGUGGGGAAAAGGCAUGCACUUUGUCAAAGGUAAUUAACACUGUUCAUGUCUACUUCCAAGAUGCGUAGACUUGCCACAUAUCAGGAAACCAGCCUUGGCACAUCACCCAAUGUUAUUGCGUUAUGUAGCACUACAGAAAUGAAAUGUUUCUUAAUUAUUUCCCUGCAUAAUUACUGUGACUCCUGAACACCUCUUUCAAAGACAUGGGUCCCUGUGAAUUUUGAACACAUGACUCUUCAUUUUGGAUUGUUUGUCCAUUUAUAUUUUCAUCAGCUUCCAUCAGACAGUCAUUAAGACUGCUUACCGUCUGCUGGAGGUAGUUCAUGUUGACUUUUUGUUGUCUGGGUUCCCUAGCCUUCCUGUAGGACUCAGUGUCUUCAAGCACUGAUUAUGUAUCUUAUUGAAGAUGAUUGUGAAAUAGGAAGAACCACUCUCAGAACUAAACUGCUGGAAGUUUAAUGCCAGAUCCUUUGGCAGGUGAGGAUUGGAGGGAACAAGAGGGACUGUUUUGGUCGCCUACAGACAUAGAAUUACCUGUCAAGAGGGUCUUGUUAGGAAAAUGACGUUGCUGGAAAUUUUCCAGGAGAGUUCUGUGGUCAUGUAAUGAGAGGUUCAUAGCCUCAGGAUCUCAACUGACCCUGGUGGAUGAUGUGUGUGUGUGGGGAGGCAGCUGUGUGUGGGGAUGUGUCAGAGUGUGCAUCUCAGGCUAGAUUUGUUGAGCUCUUUAUGACCCAGGACUCUGGAUAAUGUGAAUGUACUUUGUUAUUUAACUGGAAGAUAUGUUUAUUGUAACUCAUUGUCUCAUUUUUGAGCAUAGUUCCUCAAACUAGUGAAACAGGUGAAUUUCCCUUCUUCCUCUUUAUAUUUUAUGUGUCAAACCUAAGCCUUCAUGUUUGUACUUUUAAGAAAAUAAUGAAGAACUUCUUUGGAGAGGAGUUAAAAUAUUGACAAUAAAUUAUUUUUGCUUCCGC